AUGGCGCUAGUGGAACGCAUGAGUAUUGUGGGAAUCCGUAGUUUUAGCCCUGAGACGUCCCAAAAAAUCGAAUUCUUUCUCCCAGUUACUUUAAUUCUUGGUCCCAAUGGUUCCGGGAAGACCACAAUCAUUGAGUGUCUGAAGUAUUCCACUACUGGCGAUCUCCCACCUGGAUCGAAAACCGGCUGUUCAUUCAUUCAUGAUCCACGAGUAGCCCAAGAAACCGAGGUGAAAGCCAAAGUAACCCUGCAAAUCCGCGAUGUCCGUGGACAGCCCAUGACAGUUUCCAGAGCUCUCGUGGCUACACAGAGGGAUAAAGCUAAACAAGGAACCCUGCGAACCCUUGAUGGUACUAUCAAACGUCUAUUGCCCGACGGUCGGGAUACCAGCAUCAGUUCAAAAUGCGCUGACAUAGACAGUGAGAUGGUUACAAGCCUUGGCGUGUCGAAAGCGGUUUUGGAAAAUGUAAUUUUCUGCCACCAAGAGGAUUCUAAUUGGCCGUUGCAAGAGGCUAAAUCAGUGAAGCAAAGGUUCGACGAUCUCUUCGCAUCUUCGCGGUAUGUGAAGGCACUCGAUGCCAUACGCAAGUGUAAACAGGAAAAUGACGCUAACACCAAGAUUUACAAAACAGAGCUUAAACAUCUGGAAAAAGGCGUUGAUGAGGCCCGAAAGGUUCGUUGCGAACAUGAAGAAAUGCAGCGGGCGAUCGAUGUUCAAGAGAAGUCGUUAUCUCGUGUCACCAGUAGGCUAGAUCCAGUGUCGGAACAACUCAUUGCCUACAAACAAAAGUACGCCGAACUCAUCGAUUUACAGGCCGAAAUAAAAUCAUUGGAGACCGAGAAGUCUCAUUUGGAACAGUCCGCUUGUAACUUGUUGAUGAAUGUGAAAAAUGAGUUCAAGGGAACCAACGAGGAACUUUCGGCUCUCGUUGAGGAUGCUGAAGCAACUUUUGAACGAAACCAGCUAACCUUAACCCGACUGGAAGAUGCGAUUCAGUUGGACCGCUUGAAACUUCGAGAGGCUGAAGGACAGCGGAACAAACUUUCCAUAGAGGUAGCGCAGUUGGAGCUGGAGAUGAAACAUUUGAUCGACGCUUCCAAUGCUCGUGAUGAACUUUUGCGCUCUUCUGCCGUACGGCAACAACUCACAACUCACCUACCUUUCCUGGAAAGUGAAAGCCGGUUGACCGAUGCUGAGGUUGCAUCAGUUGUAGAUCAGCUUUCCGAAUGUGUCACCGCAGCAACAGCCAGCGAAGCUGAACUUAAAUCGAAUUUUCUCGCCGUUGAGAAGAAGGAAAAUGAAUUUGUCAGCGAGAAAGCUAGUGAACUGGCGCGCGUUGAACAAAUUUACGAGGACACACAGCGCAGCUUGCAUGAAACCGAAAAGGAACUUUCUGCGGUCAACCAACGUCUGGAGUCAGCCAAAAUGAUCAACACACAGUUGGAAGUUGUUCGUGGUGAAUUGGCCGAAGCUGUUGCGAAUGCCGAUCUUGUGAACUCGAGCUGCAGUCUACCUGACGCACAGCAUCAUCUGGCCACACUAACUGAUGAGCAGCAGUCCGUUGAACGGAGUUUACAAGACUUAGAAGUGAAAGUCAGCGUUUUUCAGCAACACGCCACACAGUUGCGUGAACUUGAGACUUUGAAAAUGGACCGGAGUUCGAAAUUCGAAACGCUACGUAAAAUCCGCAGUAGGCAUCUUGAAGCUUUGGAGCAAAUCUGUGGUACGGGCUCUGUUCCUGCCGUUCUCUCAGAAGCUACCAUAGAAGAGGAGUUUGCUUCCGGUAGAGGCGUCCGCAGUUCUUCGGCAAUUGGUGGUCCACUGAGGCUGCGACAAUCGUUUUUAAAACGUCUCUCCGCCUUGGAACAAGAAACCCGAGAGACUCGCAAGAGACUUGCAAAAUCUGAGCAAGAAAAAUCUGUGCUUGAGACCAAGGUCAAAUUUUCUCGGUCACAGUUACAGGAAAUGCAGGAUAAGGCGAAGCAAAUGGAGGAGCGUAUAUUGUGCGUUUGCGGGACUAGUGAUUUCGAUCAGCAACUGUUAAAACUGCAAGAGAAACGAAAAAUAUUGGAGGAAGAGUGCGCAAACGGGCAGGGUAGCCUCUAUCUAUGGCGCCGGUUUCGUGAUCGCAUUGCUCGCUCAGACCCAGAUUGCCCCGUCUGUCACAGAGACCUAUCAGACUUGCGAGAGCAACAAGAGCUGCUCGCUGAGAUUGACGAAAGAAUUCGCACUAUGCCUGAUGAAUUUUCCCGAAAAAAAGCGGAACUGAAAGAACUGGUGAAACAACACGAGUCUUUGUUGGAACUACGACCUCUUAACGUUGAUCUUCAGCGACUUCGAUCCAUUGAAAUCCCUACCCUUCAGGCACGCUUACAUGACGAAACGGAAUCGCUGAGAAAAGCGAUCCUCAACAGUGAAGAGGAGUCCGCGUGUCUGGAGACACAUCAGUCGGACGAGGCUCUUGCAAGAUCCGUUCAAGGGGAUUUGGCUGUCCUUGAACGUGUGGAAAAUGAACUUUUAGAUUCCACUGUGACUCUGAAACGCCUCCAGUCGGAGUUGGAUGCGAUACCCGAAGCUACGUCUUUGAACAUUGAUAACUUGCAGGAGCAGCGCAGGAAUCUGCGUGCAAAACAAUCAUCUUUCAGCGCAGAAAUAAAAAAGUGUCGGGAGCUAAUUGAUCGUCUUGAGAAGGAGCGGCGCGAAGCAGUGGACAAGCUACAUCACACGAGAGAACGAUUGCACAAAGUGAGUUAUAUUCUGUUACAUCCUCUAUCUCUCCGAAUACUGUUUUCCGUGCCAUAG